AGCAGUAUCGUCGUUUAAACAAGUAUUCAUGAUUAUUUUUUAAAAUCUGAAAUGUUAUUUCCGAGAAUCUUCUACAAUUAUUCUCACUAUAUCACGUACUAUUCAAAAGUUGCACUUAUCUUCGUCAUUUGCUUUGGAGUUUACUACGGGCUUUUUCGAACAGAAACUGAUUUCUCAACUCAUCCACAUUUUUUAUAUCUCCAGAAACUUCGAGAUUCUCAAUCAAAAUCUGAAUGCGUGAUUCCUGAUGCUGAUCCAUGGGAUCCAUCAAUUCUGUCAUAUUAUUCAAAACCUUCUCCUCUUGUUUGCUCUACCAUGCAAGUACAAGCUGUGAAAAGUUUCAAUAAUGGAAUUCUUACGUUUGAACCUCAAGUCAUAAAAAACGCAAGGUGCUAUAAAACCGGUAUAAGACAUGACGAAAAUGUGACAGAUUUGGAUGUGAUUUAUGAGAAACCAGUUCCUCUAAACUUAACUCAUACUUCAUCAAUUAAAAUCUCUGAUGAAGUAUUCCAAAUCACUUGUGAAUCAGAUAAUCUUUUGAAAAGUGAGAUAUUCAAAUAUCAUUAUACACAAAUUGUCCCAAAAUCAUCGAAUAUCAAAAACAAAGUGAUUGAACAAUCGACGUCAGAUUUUCCAUCUGUCAUAAUGAUAGGGUUGGAUUCAAUGUCCCGUGGAAACUUCGUUCGUCAAAUGCAAAAAACCUAUAAAUAUAUGAAAGAAGCAGGAUUUAUCGACAUGGAAGGUCAUAUGAAAAUUCAUGAUAAUACAUAUGGAAACCUUUUGGCUAUUUUGACAGGAAAGAGAGGUGUCGGUGUGAAGGAGUUCUCGACUGAAAUAAACGAGAGUUGGCAUAUCGCUUUUGACGAAUUCGAUUUCAUUUGGAAAACGUUCUCAGAUAAUGGUUAUGCAACAUUAUUUGCUGAAGAUCGUCCUGAUAUUGGAACAUUCACCUAUAAAAAUAUGCUAGAAGGGUUCUUAAAACAACCAACUGACCACUACAUUCGCCCAUUCUGGAUCUCUGCAUUUUGGUCACUUAUAUCACGACGAUCAGUUGCUUCAUGUUAUGAUAGCACACCACAGCACAAAAUUCAAUUGAAAUAUUUAGAAGAAUUCUUGGAGAAAUACGACAAAAAGAGGAAGUUCGCAUUUUGGUGGUCACAAGAUAUGAGCCAUGGAUUUCUGAAUUUAAUUGGAAAAGUUGACGAUGAUUUUGAAAAGUUUUUCAAAAACAAUGAAAAGCGAAUGGAGGAUUCGAUUAUUAUUGUAUUUUCGGAUCAUGGACAUAGAUAUGAUAAAAUCAGAGAAACUGUAAUUGGAAGAAUUGAAUCGAGAAUGCCGUUUCAUUCAAUUAGAAUACCUGAUGGAAUCAAGAAAAAAUACCCACAGAUUGUGGAAAAUUUGAUGGUCAACUCAAAACUGAUGACAACUCAGUUCGAUGUAAAUGACUCCCUCCGAAAAAUUGCUACUGGAAAAGUCGGUGAAAAAUGGACUCAAACUGAUCGGAAACGCAGUUAUUCCUAUUUUGAUCCCUUCCCAAAACGAAUAGGAUGUUAUGAAGCAGGCAUUCCAUCAGACUUUUGUCCGUGUUUCUCAGAGAUAGAGAUCCCGAAAAGUGAAGCAAAAGAAGCGGCUGUAGAGCUAAUGCGCAUCGUGAAUGACUUGCUGGAAAAUACCGAAAAAACUGAAGAAUAUGAACCUGAUUCAAAAGAAUUGACAGAGUAUAUGUGUACUCCAAUGGAAAUUCAGAAUGUCGAGUUUUCAUCAGUCCGUUUGCCUAUGUUGAGUGUUCUUAAAGACGUAAAAUCUGAAGACACGCCUUUGCAGUCAUUUUCAUUGCAAUAUCACGUGGUGGUUCGUGCCAAAGCACCAAGUAAUGCUCUUCUCGAGUCAACAUUGGAACACAAUCUAAAAACAAAUACAUGGUCAUCAUUAGGGGAAGUUGAACGGAAUAACAAAUACGGUAAUACCUCUUUUUGUGUGAAUGAUCGAAUUCUCAAGAAGAUAUGUCAUUGCAUUUCUCGAAAAACGGAUCCAGUAACUGCCAUUCUAUGAUUUAUACGUGUAUUGUUAACUUUUCACUUUUUUCAGAUACGGGUUGCUUAAAUUAUUCGGCCAUAAUGAACUUUUUUAAAUGUUA